ACGCGACUCCGUAUUUUACCAACGCUCGGUCACUCAUUAGUUACGGUUGGGCCAGAUGAUCAUCGCCAUGUUAGUAUACAACAAUCUCAGCCACAGAAGUAGACUGAACUACGCAGCGACACAGGCAGUGGUUCCGGCCAGUGAGCUUUGCGAGCGAUAGUUGGACAACUGUGUGCUCGUGAGAAAAAAUGGAGUUCGAGCAGAGCACGUGGCACCCCAUUCGGCACCCGAUCCGGGACGUGGCGCUCAUUCUGCCGAAAGUGAAGCCGAAUGUGUACAAGGAGCACCCGAAGUUUUCUGAGGGGAAGCGCAUGAACUACUACCUAACCGUUGGGUUGUCCGUCUUCCUGGUCACCCAGUUCUUUUUCAUCUUUCGUCAGCAGUACCUGUUAGAGCUCCUCGUGAUCGAAUUUUCCGCCUGUGCCGCCUACCUCUACUACCUGGAAAACUACACAAAGGACGACGAAGACGUGUGUCCGCUCGGCUGCACGACGUUUUUCGCUGUCCUGUUCGGGGCCGUGUUCGGGGCGGUGGCUUGCCACGACCAUUUUUUGCACUACGUCAGUUUCUACAAGGGCAACACGCUCACCCGCGUGCUGGCCAACGACCCGGCGUUCACGCUGCAAAACCGAGAGGCGAACCACAUCGAAUUCUUACACGCGCAGGUCGACACGCGCCGCCCGACCGCGUGGCAGGAUGGCCAGGGCGCCACCUACUGUCUGGCCCCCAUCCUGGAGCCCGCGGACCUACUUUCAGUGGGAAAGAGCGAGAAGGAGGAGGAAAAUAAAAACAAGAAGACGCCCGUGCAGUACUACGCGAUAGGAAAGGACUGCUGCUCCAUGGUCCCAAAAGCGCCGGCAAUCACGGACGCCGAUAAGGGGACGACCAUAGGCGUCGCGGACGAAAAGGCGUUGCCGAAGUUUCUGGCGCGACAGGCCGCGGCCCGCGAAAACGCAACCGCGUUCGCAAAGGCGCAGAACCUGACCGACUCGUUCACGUGCGGGGACGCGGGAAGGGCACGGAAAUCGGGCCCGGCCGGCCUAUAUGGAUUGCAAAAAUGUCUGGGUCUGGAAGAAUGCAACUUGUGAUGCUGCUUUUGGAUUCCAACAAAAAUCUGUAUUGCAUGAGUAGCAAAAGGAGUAUAAUUUUUGCUACAAGGAUAGGGAAUUUGUCAUGCGGAAUAGGCAUCAAGAUGCCCUCAAAAAAUAUGUGAUGCUAGGGCGUGCAUCACAGACAUCAUGCCUCAUGCAAGACGUGCAUCACAAGUUUCAGAAUCUUCCAGACCCAGACAUUUUUACAGUUGAUAGCCUACUCGACAUCUUUUUGCACGGCAACUCCAGCGGUCACGGCAUGGUGGACCCAACCCUGCAAGGGCUGUAUCGAAAGGAAAAAUCCCCUCUCCCCAUAUCGAAACGGAAUUUCUGAUGCUGGAUUUGUAUACACAAUUCAGCUGUGUAUUGCAGGAAGGCAUUGCGGCCAGAUCCCCAACCUAGGUAGGGGCGUGUGGGUCUAGUUGUUCAGCAUGGCAAACGGCUGCCCUCUAGGCCCAACAGCAUGGCAAAUCGCUUUCAUAAUGGGGCGGAAGCUUUUGCCCCUGUCUUCUUGCAAGACAAAUGUUAUUUGUGGCCUCAAAUCAGCAACACAAAUUUUCGGAAACCUUCCUUUUCAAUAUGGGGAGGGGGAGUUUUUUCUUUCAAUAGGCUGCACAGCGACCUUCCCCUGACCAAGCUGCUCUCGUUGAAAGGCCUGCUGUCCUUCGACCCACUCACACAGCUCCUGUCCUUCGACACCUUUCUCCCCAGCAACUACGCAGAGAAGCGAAAGUACGACCAGGCACGGAGGAUGGCGGAGCAGCGCUAUAAUCUGACCACGGUCAUGGAAGAUCUGGAGAGAAACGCGUACCCGUCUAUGGAACCUGAGGUAAGUAAGCCAGCGCGCGCUGUCUUUUUUGUUUUUCUGUCUGUGAUGUCAAACAAACUUUUCCGCGAGGGGACUUUGCUCAGAUUUUACGGAUUCUUUGCAUGAUCUCAUUUGAGCACAGGGCACUUCUAUAUUUUUGGAUAACUUUUUCGUGCUGGUUCAGAUACGUUUUUUUACAAUAAUGGUAGAAUAAUUUCUAGUUGUACCACGAGCACAACCAUUACCUGAGGUUAUCUACGUCCACUGGACGCUGGAUCCGGUGCUGUAUGCGCAGGGAAAACUGCGCGAUAGUUUGUACUUCUUUUGCCUUUCCACCCUCUGCUUCUUCUUGCCCGUCAUGUACCUCUUGAGCUACCAGUUGGCAAAGCUCGCCACACAGGAUGCGUUCGAGGAACGGCAAGAGGAGAUAGAGGCGGGCCGCGAGCGCGGCGGGGGCGGGAGCACGGCCGAGGAGGCGGAGGAUAGCAAUUACGUACUGGAUUCGGACUCCUGGGCUAACGAAAGUCUCAACGAGGAAGCCGCGUCGCUAUUAGACGACAACUCAAUAUGAUAGGUUUUGGCUUGUUCUCCUGCCGAAAGGAGAAGUAGCGGCGCUGAUAGUGCGUUUUAUCUUUCUGUCAUUUUUAUCAGUAGGCGCCUACCUACUUCUUCGUAGAAGAUAUUUAUCAUCUCGAGAAUACAGAAGCAUGAUCAUGCAAAAUUUGUAAAAUCAACGAGAACAAAGACAGCUGUUUCGAAGUUUGACGUUUUCGCGAGGACAUUUGAAGCAAGUAUAAAGGAUCUCGAUAAAGAAC